CCACGCCGCAUCCUCGCACCCAUAACGUUCCAAUGGCCACUCGCCUCGGGCCACGCCUGCAUCUUCACGCGCCCGUCCGCAAGCGGCUCGACGGUAUAGCAAUCGUCGUCCACGCGCACGACGUGCAUAAACGGGAAGCCCGGGCGCAUCUGCUGUGAAGCAGAAGGCAUGUCCACGGUCGCCGUGAGCGCUUUCAGCUCCGUCAGGCUCGGGAGCACGCCGCACACGCCCGCAUCGUACUACCCCGCCCAAUUCGCGCUCGGCACCGACAGAACAAGUGUCUUGAGCGUCCGGCGGUCGCGCAGGAAUGCCGAGAUCGCGGGGAACAGGUUGUGGUCGUUCGCGUUGUACCUGAGGAGCGUGGACUCGAAGUGCGCCGCAGAAACGGGAGCGCGUCCGCCGCGGUACCCUCGCGGAAUUGAGAACACACUACAGGCGGAAGGACUCAAGCUGGUGUCCGUUGCUCAGGAUGUCCGCGAACGCGCGCGACUCGGAGGGGAAGAGGCCGAGGAAGUCGAGGUUGCCUCCGAGACGUACCAGUACCAGUGGUCGAGACGUAUACCCAUAAGGCACGAAUCACCAAUUACAACGUACCAGUAUGUCGUUGACUUCAUGAGUCAUACCGGCCCAGGCUCAUCCGGUAGUUCCAGGGCGACUCAGAUUGCCCCGCUGAAGCACAGUCUCCUACUGACGGCCGACAUCGGUGGUCGUGGAACACCGCACGCUGCGCAUGAACAUGAGCAUGACCUCGAUACAGAGCGCAGGGAUAGCGUACUUUCAUACGGACAUCGCUUCUGGCUGAACGUACUCCGACCAGAGGCUGCUCAUCGGUGGUCAUGUACUUACCUCGCGGGAAGAACCAUGCUAAUAAUGACUGGAGGCCGGCUGAGCGUACUUAGGAACCUAUGUGACGAUAUCAAAUCAUCCCAACAAGGUGAGCAGGACGGCAAUAUUGUUUGUAGUCACCCGGAACUGUUCAUCUGUGACAUUUGCCCUCGAUCGGAGUAGAGCCGGCAGUUGAUUCGCAAAAGCCUGAGCCCGGAAGGGCCUAAGCUAGCCCAGGCUCGAUGACUGCUACUGUCGUCUCUUGAGUCCCCUACCGUUCGAAGCUUAUCCAUUAAGUGACACUCGCUCCGAUGCUCUUCUGCACCCACCAGUGUAGGUCCUGUUGUUCACAAGGGUGGUAACACGGCGCAUACGGUUGCUGUGUCGAAGCAGCGAAGUUGCGCCAGGCACAUAUUCGCAAUCCAGGACAUUACUUUGCGAUCCUUGUAUGCACGUCCCUGUCAACUGUUGUGACAUGC